UGUCUGAAAGAUGUCGUGCCCGAGAGGUGCUUCGGCCGCCUCGGUGGAGAGGUGCUAAGGAGGUGCUUCAGUUGGCUCGAUGGGGAGGUGUUUUGGCCGGCUUGGUGUGGAGGUGGUGGGGUGGUGCUUCAGCCGGCUCGGUGGGGAGGUGGUGGGGGGGUCGGGUGGGGGUGCUUCCGCCGGCUCGAUGGGGAGGUGCUUCGGCCGACUCGGUGGGGAGGUGGUGGGGAGGUGCUUCGGUCGACUCGGUGGCGAGGUGCUUCGACCAGAUCGGUUGGGAGGUGGUGGGGAGGUGCUUCGGCCGGCUCGGUGGGGAAGUGGUGAGGAGGUGCUUCGGCCAGCUCGGUGGAGAGGUGCUGGGGAGGUGCUUCAGUUGGCUCGAUGGGGAGGUGCUUCGGCCGGCUUGGUGUGGAGGUGGUGGGGUGGUGCUUCGGCCGGCUCAGUGGGGAGGUGGUGGGGAGGUGCUUCGGCCGGCUCGAUGGGGAGGUGGUGGGGAGGUGCUUCGGUCGGCUCGAUGGGGAGGUGCUUCGGCCGGCUCGGUGGGGAGGUGCUUCGGUCGGCUCCGUGGGGACGUGCUUCGGCCGACUCGGUGGGGAAGUCAUGGGGAGAUGCUUCGGCCAGCUCGGUGGGGAAGUGGUGGCGAGGUGCUUCAGCCGGCUCGGUGGGGAGGUGGCGGGGAGGUGCUUCGGCCGGCUCGGUGGGGCGGUGGGGGGCUCGGUGGCGGUUGACGGUGGCCACGGGGGUAAGGCUAAUGAAGUAAUAUCAAUAUCAAUGAUUAUUUAUUACUAAUAAAGUAUCGAUUGAAAAAUGGUAGGAAUAAUAUUAUAUAAUAUUAUAUAUUGUUGUAUAGUUGUAUAUGCAGGGGAUUGUCAUAUGACAGGCAGUGGCAACGGUAAGUGUUACGGGAUUGUUAAGCACGGCGCCCCCGCCCCCCCCCCAUCCAUAGAGCUAAAACAGUGAUACAGAAAGCACCAGCCAUACACUAACAAAGAAAACAUAGAGUC